AUAAAGUAGUCAGAAAGAGUGAACAACCUGCAAUCUAUACACGAUGCAUACCAUAAACGCAGUACAGUUGAUACGAAUGGCGACGAGUCCCAGUAGCAAUUCCAUGUUAGGAGCAGAGAUUGAAUUCGGAUCAGCGAUGUUCUACGUUUACGUUGGCAUCUCGUGUUUUCUAGUCAUCUUUGCCGGAAUCAUGUCCGGCCUUACCUUAGGAUUGAUGUCUCUUGGCCUCGUCGAGCUCGAAAUCCUCCAGCGCAGUGGCACUCCUGUCGAGAAAGAACAAGCAGCUAUUAUUUUUCCAGUGGUUCAGAAACAGCACCAACUUCUUGUAACGUUGCUUUUAUGCAAUGCAGCUUCCAUGGAGGCCCUGCCAAUAUAUCUGGACAAGAUUUUCAAUCAAGUUGUUGCGAUAGUUCUUUCGGUAACUUUUGUCCUGUUUUUUGGAGAGUGUGUACAAGAUAUGGACUGGCUAUAGGUUCUAGUUUUAUCUGGCUUGUGCGUAUUUUGAUGAUAAUUUGCUAUCCUAUUGCGUACCCUAUAGGCAAGAUGCUUGAUUUGGUAUUGGGACAUAAUGAUGCUUUAUUCAGAAGAGCUCAGUUGAAAGCCCUUGUUUCCAUCCAUGGCCAAGAGGCAGGUAAAGGUGGCGAACUCACUCAUGAUGAGACCACAAUUAUCAGUGGAGCACUUGAUUUAACUGAAAAGACUGCAGAGGAGGCUAUGACACCAAUCGAGUCAACUUUUUCCUUGGAUGUGAACUCAAAGUUAGAUUGGUGAGUAUUG